CCGUACUCCGGAAGUAACAGCGAUUUCGUUUUUACAAGGACGUUUGCGAACGUUUAUCGUUAUUUUAACAACUUUCACUGCGUUAUUUUACUCGUAAAGACAAAUUACUUCCCUUUUCCUCUAACGAGAAUCCGAAGAUGUCUCCCAAACCACUGGCGCCUCUGGCCAUGAAGCUGAUGAAGGGCGUGGUCGCUGUGGAGCUGCUGGGCCUCUUCGGGGCGUACGGCCUGUUCCACAAGAUGAACAACAGUCAAGACUUCAGGAGCGCCGUGAACAGGCGCUGCCCCUCAGUUCUAGAAGUUUACUACCAGUCCAACGAGUGGGCGGGGCUCUACGGCGUCCGAGAGAGGGACCGCGAGGCUUGGGCGGGCGAACGGGAAUGAAGAAAGGAACGUCUACUUCCUCUUCCUGUUGCCGAACAUCUUCUUCUUGUUGAACGCCGUCUUCUUGCGGCGCAUCGUCUUGGCGUCGCGGUCCUGCAUCCAGUCGUCUCGCCGCGCCUCCCACUUGAGCUGCUUCAGGCCUGAGGACAGAGACUCUGGUUAUGGAGCUGACUGAGGGGGCGGAGUCUUUAAACACAGCUGGUAUCCAGCAAACUGAAUAAAGUCCUUCAUGAUCAAACCGUGAAGAUUAAUAUGAA